GAAAUAUUUAUUUAUUAUAUAAAAAUAAGCUGAUCUUACUGGCAAGUAUUGGAUAAUAAUUAGUGUUAACACCAGAAGCUACAUAAUGAAGGAAUUGGGAUGAAGCGCACAUUGGCAUCAAGCCAUAAAAACUACUGAUUAUUUGUUAUCACGUCAUUAACAUCAAGCCCAAGUCAUCGCGGAUUAUUUCCAUCUUCAACACAUGAAAAUAAUAAACAAACAAAAUGAGGAAAUAAAUUGGUUACUUUAUUUUUAACUGAUUUUCUUUUAAGAAGAGAAAUAUUGAUAAGAAUACUUUGAGACCAUCUUCUUAGUGAAUUAAAGCUCUUGAGAGUACGUAAUGGAGCUCGAGAACAGAGUACCUGGUUUUUCUAGUGCCUCUUUCGAUCUCUAAAAUUAAUUUAAAAUCAUCAAUACCACGAGUGCUUGGAAGACUUUGAAGAAAAAUAUUCUGUGAUGAUUAGACAUGCAACCCGGAAGGUGUUCAGCAACAACAGUGUUGUUAAUAUUUAUUUUUCUGUGUAUUAAUAAUAUUUAUGGAAAAACAACACGAGUUUCAAAACCUGUACGUAUACCAGGAAGUUACAUCGAAGUUGUUGAAGAAGUCACGUGUUCAGAGGGAGUUAUAAGACUGACUUGUCGUUCAUUAAGAGCUUUUCUAUUUAUUCUUGAAGCUCAGUAUUACCGCAAUGAGGCGGAAAAUUGUUAUGAAGUAACAAAAGUCAAACGAGCUAUACGCCACAAAGAAUAUUGGUCGAGAUAUCGAGGAAAUACUACUGUCGAGUUGAAGGGAAAUUAUAUACAUGGUGAUGAUGAACACAAACCAGUUGUUGACUUGAGAACUUCUUUUAAUAGAAGGUGUUCUGGUCAUCAUCACUGUCGUUUCAACAUCUCUGAGGACCAUCCAGGCCCAUCGAGAUGGCAGCCAGCUAAUUUACGGCUUAAGUACGCCUGUAUACUUGAAACGGCAGUAAGAAAAUAUUGCAACACUGAAGUGAAAUUAAACAAUAAUGAAGGAGGAUACAUCAAGACACCAGGGUAUCCACUCUAUUAUCCUGGAGAGUAUGCCUGCGUCUGGACUUUCCAAACAAUUCCAGGUCAGCGGGUUUCAUUACAGUUCCAUGACUUUAAUAUACGCAGUCCUGAAUCCAAUGGAAAUUGUGUUGACGUAGUGAGAAUUCGAGAAAAUGGCAAAACAUUGUUUGAAUCAUGUGGAACACGUGCUGGAACAAGAAUUAUUUCUGAGUCAAAUAAAAUCACUUUAGAUCUCAUGUCUGCUUCCAAAGUAUUUCCUGCUAGAGGACUUUUGCUUCAAUAUCAAGCUAUUGGUUGUCCUGCUAUCCAAACACCAAAUGGAAGCUUCAUCUCCAAUGACACUUUUAGCUCUAGAACUUUUGAGUGUCGUUCUGGAACAGUCUUUCCCGAUACUAUGCAGUCAACAAGAACUCUGGACUGUCAAAAAGGACAUUGGAACGAGAGUAUUGAUAAUCUACCCAAUUGUGUUGCCUCUUCAGCGAUUAUUUUAAAAGCUAAAGAAGACGAUAACCACCUAGUUAGCCUAUCAGGUGACAAUAUUCACAAUACAGGGGUGAGAAUUGGACGAACAGACAACGCAGUCGUAGUAGAAUCAGUUUUGGGUAUGGAUUCAGCGCAGACCAAUAUGAUGAAGCAAGCAGACUUUGUUGUGGAUAUGGUUGUGCCAUCGAUACUCAUUGUUUUGCUAUUCGUUGGCAAUGCAGUUAUCGUUUAUAUAAUUUUCCAAUACAGGAAAAGGAAAGUACCAACGAUAAGUUCUGGAGAAGAAAUGGCCUUACGACCACCAACAGACGUACCGCAAGUCUGACUACACUCUUGUUGUUAAUAAAGUACAUAAUGAAAUUAGUUUUAAGUUACUAAUUACUAACUCUACGGUGGUCUAAAAUUGAACAUAUAUAUAUAUAUAUACACUCAUAAGCCUAAUGAGCCAACAAAGUCUUAACAAAGACGAGUUUGUUAAAAAAAAAAAUAGAUUAACAAAGGAAAA